AUGACGUUGGACCCGCACGUAACGUUGGGCAUUGCGCUGACGGCCUGUUAUGUUCCUAUUGCUGUACUUUCGAUAUGGCUUGUGUGGCGGAAUUGGCACUAUCAUCCGCGCAUGGCGUGGUGGCCUACGAUAUCCCUUUCGCUGAUGCGUGUUGGAGCGGGUGCAGUGUUGAUUGCUCGACAAACCAAUAUGUACAGCGAGGGUCUCAUUAUCGCAACUCUUGUACUUCUGAAUGUAGGGUCAAUUUCUCUCAUCGCGAUCAAUCUGGGCUUUGUCCGCGCCGUUUAUGUCGACAACUACAAUGAUGGCUCGAAGAGCCAGAUGGUGGAUGCCAUAUUACGCUCUACCAUCUUCCCUGCCAUCUCUCUGCUAUCGGCUGGCGCCGGAAUUAGUACUUCUCUCCCGAACGCUGGCAAAGUUCUCACCCUCGUGGGAUACAUUAUCUUUGCCGUGCUGUUGUUAUCCCUGGUCGCCGCCGAUAUUGUCUUUUGGACUAGAAGGUCUCGGUUAAAGAAGAGCAGUGCGGUGAUGUUGGCCGGUGCCCUCGUUGCUGCUCCGUUCGUCAUUGCUCGUAACGUCUACGGACUCCUCGAAGUAGCAACUGAAUCUUCGUACAAUUCGAUAUGGAGCCCUAUCUCGGGAAACGUUCUCGCCGUAGGGUUGCUUGGCCUACUUACCGAGUACAUUCCUGUGUGCAUAUACCUGCUGGUAGGAUUCUCUAUUCCUCCAGACAGAGGUGCAUACACGACGUGA